UCGGCCUGUGGUGUCAAGCGGAAUUGGAUUGCGUUUUUCGGUUUCAAGUUCUAGCAAACUUGGCAUGGAGAAGUUUGCAUUGUGCAGUCACUUGAUUUUUCCAGCGGUUGCAAUCUUCUUGUUGGCCUCUCAAAUUUAUGGCCAAACUGUUGACGGGAGAAAGCCAACCCAUUUGACUGCCGAGAUUGGUGAAUCUGUUCUUCUAAACUGCGAGGUUGAUUUCCCGCACGACACUGUGGUGCCUUACAUUUUACGAUGGAACAAAGAGGGUUCCCUUGCAUUUUCGUGGAACGGACCGGAAGAAUUAGAAAUUUCUCCAAACUUCAAAGGCCGCGUUUCUCGUCUACCCCACAACGAGGGGAGCAGUCACUUCGGCCGAGGGGCCGUCAACUUGACGUCGAUCAGAGAAAGUGACCAGGGUUGGUAUGAGUGCCAAGUUUUCUUCCCUAACAGAAAUCCUCCAACCAGACCGAACGGAACUUGGUUCCACCUGACGGUCGAAGGCGGAAAAGUCAUGACCAUCCCUCCAGUGAACCAAACCACACUCGAAGGAGAAGAUGUGAACUUCAAAUGUGUGGCGAAGCAGUCUGGAGCAAGAAUUAUUUGGUACCGCGACGGCGUACCAAUAGCCGAGGUGCCUGAGUUGUGGGCCAGGUCGGAGGUUCAGGGCGACGGCACACUUAUAAUCCAACGAACCGAACUCACCGACCCUGGCACGUUUGUGUGCGAAGUGACCAACGAAGCAGGCGAAAUGCAAACGGCAGGCGCCUACUUAAACGUCCUUUAUAAAGCCAAAGUGGUGAAUUCACCUCCAGAGCAGUUUUUGACAAAGGGCCAACCUGGUCUGCUCGACUGCCAUUUCAGAGCGAAUCCGCCUUUGACGUACCUGAAGUGGGAGAAGGACGGAUUUCUGUACGAUCCCUACAACGUGCCUGGCGUUUUUCUUCUGCACAACGGCUCGCUCGCCUUCGACAACGUGGACCAAGGCCACGCCGGUAUGUACACCUGCACGCCGUUCAACGAUCUCGGAAGCGCCGGUUCCUCAAGCCCGAUGAAAGUGGUCGUCCAGCAGCCGCCCAUGUUCACGGUGCGUCCGGCCAGUCUCUACGUGCGGCGAGUGGGAAACAGUGUCAAAAUGCACUGCGCGGCAGAAUCUGACGAUUUCUCAAACCAAAACCCGCUCGUCGUCACGUGGUUCAGAAAAGAUGGAACGGGACUUCCAAACGGACGGUAUAUGCUGGAAAGUGGAAAUUUAACCAUCCGAUCGCUAAUACCUGGAGACUCUGGGAUUUAUAUUUGCACGGUGGCCAACGAGGCUGCCAGUUUGACUGCAGAAGCCGAGUUAGUUGUGGAGGAAGGCGCUUUGAAGGCGCCGCAUUCCCUAUCAGCCAGCAGUACUGAAGACUCCGUGUUACUGAAGUGGUCGUCCAGUGAAACAAGGAUGUCGCAGCAAAUACUCGUUUGGUUCCGGCUUGUGAGUACCGAUGAAUGGAGAACAAUGAAAGUCGAAAACAACGUUUUCCAAGCGACCGUCGAAAAUCUAAUUCCUGGUUCCCUUUACGAAUUGAUGGUUUCCAGUCGAGACCCCCACGGAGAGGGGCUCAUGAGUAAAACAGUGCGAAUCCACACUAAAGGGGAGAAACCUGACAGCUUUGAGAAACAAGACGACGAGACUGAGACAAAUGAAGGGCUCGCUGAUAAUUUAGCAGACACUGUGGGAGCAGGAAACGGCCCGUCCAAUGUAAGCGUUCGAGCAGUGAGCGCCCCGUCAUGGCUAGUUACAUGGAAAGAUGAUAGCAAACCAAGCAGAUUGAAUAGUCACAAUAAAAAGUACACCGUGCGCUGGAGAACAAUGAAAGAUGGAACGAAUAAGGAGAGAGUCAUCGACACCAACGACAGAUGGAUUCUUGUAAAUGGUUUGGAGGAGGGUGAGAUUUACGUUUUUGAAGUUGAGGCGCACGGAUCACGGGUGCAGCGAGUGACCGAAGUUUCCACCCAAAAGGUUUCAAGCGCCCAAAUGCUAGCCCUGUCCGUGUUGGUGGGCUUCAUCGUGCUGCUGACGGUGGCCAUCGCGUCGUGGCACGCGGGCAAGUCGUGCGGCAACAAAUCUCCGGCAUCGGCGCCUCCCGAGGACCACCACCACAUCGACUCCAAGAGAUACGGAGCCCUGAUGAGUGGUAUUCAGGCGUCGCCGGAUUUGCCUGAUAAUAUUUGGAUGCCUCCGAACAAUCUUCCCUCCAAUCCGGCGGGAACGGGAUCGCCUGUUUACGCUAGGGCUGCUUAUGACUGAUUGAUCUGGUGAUUGUUGAAUAUAUCGAACAGAGACUAUUAUAUAUAAAUGAAAAAAAAAUGCGUUUGAUUUAUAGUGGAAGAAAGUGGUGCGUCUAAUAAUUGGCUGAUAUUUUUAUAACAAAGAGCGCGCAUGUGAAUUCCGUUUGUUUAAAGAAUUUAUCAGUUAAUUAAGAAUUUAUGACAUAAUUUAUUUCCUAAAAUGUUAGGAAUAAGAAAUUGGGGUUUGAAAAAUUGUAAAUAUUUAUAAAUCUCAAACUUAUACAGAUAUGCGCAGAAUAAAAUACUAUGUACAAUCACGGACUGUUGAAAUAUUAAAUUCUAUAAAAUAAAUUGAUAUACAUAUAUCCAAAAGUGCACAAUUAAAACACU